AUGGUCGAGGCAGCGGACGACUCGGAGAUCGAUGCCGCAACACACUGGAUCCACCAGUCCACUAGCCUGCAGCAGUCGGCGCUGCCGCCCGGUGCCCGCCCGCCGCUCGGCAGCCGCCCUCCACCCCUCCCCCGCCCCAAGGCGCGGCGCAGCAAGGCCACCCGCGGGCCCAGCAGCUGCAGAAGCAGCCCCUGCAGCAGCCCCAGCCAGCAGCAGGACGACAGCGACUAUGAGGACGCCGUCAGCGAUGCAGACGCGGAAUGGGCAGCGGCUGCGGCAGCGCUGGGCAGGGCACCGCCAGAGGCAGGCGCCGACAGCGGCAGCCACCAGGCUGAUUCGCCCGAUGCCCCAGCGUACAAGCGCCGGCGGGGCAGCAGCGGCAAGGCCCUGGUGGCGGCGCACCAGCCAGUGCCCAAGUCCGCAGCCAACCUGGCCAUCCGCCUGCAGGCCUUGCGCAUCACUCUGAUUCAGAGCGCUCUGGUGCUGGCCCCGCGCUACCCAGAGCACCCAGUGUUUGCGUGGCUCAUGCAGAAGCCACGCUUCAAGGCGUUGCUGAACGAGUUCUCGCUGAAGCAAAUGAAGGGGGUGUACGCGGCGCAGCGCACGCCCAGCCAGGACGACAAGCUUGACAGAAUCUCCAAGGGGCUGGGAGCGCAGACUCGCGCCAUGCUAGCCAGCCUGACCGGCGGCCAGCUCCCCGCUGAGGUGGGGAAGAGCCUGCAAGCCACCGCAACAGUGUUGUGCGAGGACCGGCUGCCCGAUGAUGAGGUGAUGCGGCAGCGCGCUGCCCGGCUCGGCGCGUGGCAGGCUGCAGCGCGCCGCGGCAUAGCAGCGGCGCAACGCGGCGACGCCUGGGCGGAUGUCCAGCAACUGGACCGGGAGGAGCAGACGGCUAGCGAGGUGGACCUGGACCAGCUUGCCCUGGUUGCCCUCAGCAUGGAGGAGGCCCAGCGGCAGGAGCAGCAGGAGGCCGCCGGCACAGCAGCAGGAUGCACGCCCGCACCGGCGGCAGGGGCGGCAGCGGUCAUGCCCACGCCAGCAGCGGCGGCAGGCAUGACGCCGGUGGCGGCAGCAGCGGCUGUGCUCAUGCCCACGCCCGCAGCGGCGGCAGGCAUGACGCCGGUGGAGGCAGCAGCGGCAGCAGCAGUGGCAGUGGCAGAUCAGCCAGGCGACAACACGGUUGAAGUGCCCGUCGCGUUGCUGCAGCAGCUGAUGGCGCAGCAGCAAAGCCUGCAGCGACAGCUGUUGUUGCUGACGGCAGAGGUGUGCGUGAGCGGCCCCCCCGCCUUGCACCGCGCCGCGGCGGCAGCGCAGCAGGACGACAGCGUGAGCCUGAGCGCAGGCAGCAAGGGCGUGUUCACACUCGGGUACGCCACCUCUGCCAGUUCUGGCACAGGCACAAUGGCACGAGCACGCAGCGCAGCGGGCUACGCAACUGCGGCAGCGGCACCUGCGGCAGCGGCAAGCGCCUCAGCAAGGGGCUCGUUUGUCAGCAGGUGGGCUGGCCUCGACUGCAACCUGCCCCGCAACGGCCUGAGCUUGGUGCCGAGCGCCACAUGGGCCGCCACCCUGUACUAUGAGGGCCACAACGGCUACCCGGCGUGGAAGGACAGGGAGGAAGAGCAGGAGCAGGCCAGCCAGCGCGGCGAGCUGGGCCCGCAACAGUCAUGGCGGUCAGGCCGACGCAGGACCUGGCACCAGUUUGUGAGGGCGAUGCAGCUAGUGGAGGAGGUGGCGAAGAGGGAGCAGUGCACCCCCAUCCAGGCGGCCAAGCUGGUGGACCAGUGCCUGGAGGCACGGCAGGUGGGCAAGGCAAGGAAGAAGAGCUUUGCUUGCCUGGGCCGCUCAGACAAGGCAGAAUCGGUGCGUCAAAUGCUUGGCCUGCCGGCCAAGCCGGAGAGCAGCUGA